UUUCAAGAUUUGAAGAGAGAGAAAAUAAGAUAGAUGAAAAGAAAGAUCAUAUAAGCUUGUCUUGUGCGUGUAUGUCUCCUUCUGUGUGUGUGUGUACCCGACUCUAGCCUUUGCGAGGAGGUCUAGAAUCCCCAAACCGUGCGUGCUUGUAGGCAAGGCACUGCUCAUCCCAUAAUGGCGAUCCGGCAGCAAAUGCCUUGAUCCGGCAAGUGCUCGCAUUGCUCUCCAACACACACACACACAACAAGAGAGCACGGCUUAUCAUCGUCAUUAGUGCCUAGUGAUGAGCACUGAAAAGACCGCAGCGACAGCAGCAUGGACUGUCCCACACGGAAGCGGAAGAACAGUAUCUCGAGCGACGAGGAGCUGAGGAAAAUGUCGAGAGUCUCGUGGAUUCAAGAUCCCCAAGGUAUGAAUUUGCAGCAGCAGCAGCAGCAGCAACAGCAGCAGCAACUUCUAGAUCACCAAAUGCUUCUUAGAUUACAACAACAUCAGCAACAACAACACCAACAUCACCAUCAGCAGCAGCAGCAGCAGCAACAACUACAACAUCAACACCAGCAGCACCAAAAACAACAGCAGCAAAGAGAUUCAAGUGAUCAGAUCCCAGUGGUAGCAACUUCAGCUCAAGCAGGGGCUGCUCUCAGCUUGCAGCAAAGGGCCAUGGCAGCAAUCGCCCUUCAAGAAAUCAGGAGCAGUAUUGACACCUCCAAACUUGGCCAGCAGCACCACAAGUAUCAUCCACCAGUGGCAACCACAACCACAAUCACCACUGGCAGUGGUGGUGCUACCAACAAUCCUCCAAGCACACCACAAUCCUUCCAAUCCCACCAAAAUCCCAGCUUCACCACCAACAGCCCACUCUCCAUGCUUGACACCAGAUCUUUGUAUCCCCCAUCUUUGCAUCCACUCUCCUCCUCAAUCUCCACAACCAGUGAUGUAGCUCUGGUGGAUCCAUUAGCUUCCUGUUCUUCCUCCAAGAUCAUGAUGAUGCCUUCUCAACAGCUGAUGAUGAGCAUUCCUCCUGUGAUUUUCCCCUCUUCCCUCAUCAAUCCUCCAUCCUCCUCCUCCACACCACCUCCGGCUGUGAUUCUUCCCUCCACUCCACCUCCAAAGCCUGUGAGCAAGCCUGUGACCACCAUGUCCUCCAGCCCCAUGAGGAGCACUGCUAGUGUCCCGGAUUUCAAGGACUUGCAGCAGCAGUCCCUCAAAUCCAGUCCUUCCACCGCCACCACAAAGUGGUUUGCGUCGCCGCCACCUCCAGGAGCUCUCGCUGCGAAUUUGGCUGGGUCCGGAGCAGGAAUCUGGCUGGGUGGUGACUUCAACAGCACCGUAAAUGUCACCGCAGCGCUGGAUCACCACCACCAACAGCAGCAGCAGCUUCAUCACCACCACCACCAUCUUCACCAAGAGCUCAUGAGUUCAGAGAACAGCGUCAUCUUGCAGCAGGAUCCCCAGACUCCAGUUGCAACAACGAGCGGCGGGGGAUGUUUCAGUAUUGGUCCCGGUGUUGCGAACGGCUCUCAUAUGAUGAUGCCACCCUCCGGGAAUUUUAGGAGCCAGGGAGGCAUAUCGAGUUCCAUCGCCGUGAAGAACAACAUGCCUCUGAGCCCGUCGCCUGCGGUGGUCGAUCAGGUGAUUGCCGACUUGAAGAACAUUGUCUCGUCAUCUUCACCAGAUAGUUGUGUUGUCGCUGAUAAUUCUUCCAAACAGCCCAAACCGAUCCACCAGCCUCCGCAGCAGCAGCAGCAGCUUCAGCAUCAGCGUCAAAGAACUUUCACAAAGGUGUACAAGCUUGGCUCGAUCGGAAGGGCCGUAGACGUGGCUCGUUUCAAGAACUACGUCGAACUCCGGGCCGAAUUGUCGAGAAUGUUUGGAUUGGAUGGACAACUCGAUCAGAGGAACGGAUGGCAGCUCGUUUUCGUGGACAAGGAGAACGAUCUGUUGCUCGUUGGCGAUGAUCCCUGGGAAGAAUUCGUCAGCUCUGUUCGAGGGAUCCGCAUUCUGUCACCAUCAGAAGUUUCUUACUACACGAGCGACGAACGGAGUGCCGAAAUUGUAUAGCUAGAAGUAACCGUCGAAACCAAGUUGAGUGCUCGAUUACACUACCAUACGUACGAACGUAUGCCGACCUUUUCCUCCCUUCCUCCUCAAAUCAUGUAUUGGCAGAAGGUUCCAUCAAAAUGGAAGAAAAAUCUUGCCUCC